GGGUUUUGCCUUUUCGUUUUCGUAAACAAAGAUAUGUAAGAAAAAAAUUUCUCAAUCUGCUAAUUUCAAUCAAUUUCCAAUCCUACGUAAAACCCUACCGAUAUGAAGAAAAUAGCUGGAAAGGCAUUGAAGGCCAAAGGAGGGAUAAAGGUCCCCAAUUUGAAGGCAUCAGUAGAAGAAGAAAUCAAGCCCGUGUCAGCAGCAGCUUUAGCGGCAGCUAGAGAAGCGGUGAUAGGUCAAUCCCACAAUCACCUCCACCUCCGCAGCAGCCGCCUCCACCACCCGCCUUGUGCUCCUUGGUCCGCCAUAGUAAAUACCCAACUAAAGUCCAAGGAGGUCCCAUCUACUUCUUCUCACAUUUGCAAAUUCCUUGGUAUCGUUGAGCCUCCUGGCUCUGAUACCUCAAAACUCAUAGCUAAUUUUAUCAAACUUCACAAUCGCCAGAACCCUGCGAAGAGGAAAGACCGUUAUUUUCUGGACAAUUUGAUAACUUUAUUGAGCAAGGAACAGAAAAUUGGGAUUGGAGAGAUUGCCAAGUUGCUUUCCAAUUAAUUGAGACUUCACCUCAACCUGACUCUGCAUUCCAUUAUUUUUCUUGGACAAAUUCUCAUGGGAUUGGAGCAUUAAAACAUUUGAAUAUGUUUAAUGGUGUUGAUGGUCGUAUGAUUCUUUGUUCUGUAAUAAUGGUUCAGUAUGCUGUCAUCUUUUUGGUCUCUUCUGCUCUGGAUACAAAGGUGUGGCCCUCAGUGUCACUGCCUAGGUCUCCUUGUGUGCCAAAUGUACUUGUGUUAAAUUUAGGCAUAAUCAUAGUAUGCAUUUGGCAUGAAAUUGGUCAUUUUAUA